CUACUUAGCGUGUUGCGUUGUUACUUGAUCUGCCACCCCUUCUCCACAACCACAAGAUUGAUGGAUCGAAUCGAAAGUAAAAUUUAGAAGUUCUUGGUCGUCGGCGUAUCAGUGCGGUGCGUGACCCGGUAACAUAUAGAACGGUUUAAAUAAUUCCUUUUUGAUAUACCCAAGCCAAUCACAAUGUCAAAACUCAUAGCUUUUACUGUACUCUCACUUGUCGCAUCUGCGUGGGCCUACUCGGCCGGCGCCCCAGAAGGGGUCUGUGAUGACAUGACCCCUAAGCACCCCGUGGAUCCCCAAAAGUCACGCAUGCCGUACAAAAUCAGCAUCGAAAAGGCUCAGGUUAAGUCUGGAGACGAGGUGAAAAUUGGAAUCGACGGAAAAGCGUUCAAAGGAUUCUUCCUACAAGUACGUGACGGCAAUAAGGCCGUAGGUUCCUUCCAAAUCCCCGGCGAUGAUAAAUAUCUGAAAACAGUAAAUUGUCACGGAACUAAAGCUAGCGGUGCUACCCACAAAAACUCCGUGGAAAAGAAGGAGAUGUAUGUAACCUGGAAGGCUCCUGCUAAGGCUGGAAAAUAUACCGUUUACGCUACUGUGGCAGAAGAUGGCGGCACCUUCUGGGCCCAGAAACCUAGUGGAAUUAUCACCGUAGAAUAAUUCAUUCCGUUAUAAUUAGACUUUUUUUUAAAUUGUAAAAUAAAUCAUAAAAAUUUAGUAAAUUUGGCAUGUAAUAAACCAAGAUUUAUCCAUUGAAAAAAAAAGACGAACACAGUUAAAAUUUUAUUUUCCAAUUCAAAUACUUAAGGCAUAAAAUGUACCUUCUUAAACCUAAUUAGUUUAAUUACUAGCAUAAUAUAAGACGUUUAAUAAAGAAUCAAAUUAAGAAAAUGUUCAACAAAUAAAAACAUUUGUUUCCGGA